AUGCUGCACAGUUUAGGUAGCAUUUCUUUUUCAGAUACUUUAUGUAUGAAAGAUGUUAAAUGUUCAAAAAAUUAUUUCAAUGAUGAACAAAGUGUAAAUGUUAAAGAUAUAAUGUUAAAUAAUCAAUAG